AUGGCCCCUACAGGUGACUGCUCGGGCAUUUCCGACGUUGUACGAAUUUCAAACAUCGCUGGACGAUAUCUGAUAUUCGACCCGGAGGGAGCCUCUCUUCUCAGGCGGCUGGAGAACACCAAUGGUACUCUUGUAGGCACAACACCACAGCAACCAACGCAGAAUGUUUUUCUUGCAUUGCCUGUGGAGCUCCGCUCUGAGGAAGCCCAUAGCCUAGUGCGAAAAGGGUCGGCAUACAUAAUAGACGAUGUAGCUGCCCACAAGUUCGCCUUGGCUACAGGGAUGCGGCAGACCCGCAAGUUGUAUGUUAACUCUCUCCGACAGAAAAAGCAAGCUGCGCAAUAUGCGAUAGCUGAGAGAGUCGCAUCGAAAGCAACGUCUUCGCCUACUGCCUUUCAAGAGACGAACCAGAUUGAUACCACACGUCUAUCGUCGAGGAGCGGUGUUGGCAGGCACCCUGUGGCCAGUAACAUGGCAACCAAUACCCAUGACGGCCGAACACUUGACAACGUAGGUUGUUUGUCUUUGACCCCGCUGUCCAGCAAUUUGCUUCUUUCGAGAGGGGCAUCCGAGCGAUCCCCGGUUGUGGAAUCUGGCAUGACUCUCAGCGGGUAUCUCCUGGAAAGACGCUACUAUAUGACUCCCGGUUUACGAUUUGGCGUUCAACUGAGCGUUUAUCCUGGCGAUCCCCUUCGCUUUCAUGCGCAUUUCAUGGCAAACGAGUACAAAUGGGAUGAGCCUAUACCCAUUUUAGACCUUGUCGGGGGUGGGAGGCUAGCUACGGCUGUGAAGAAAGCAUUUUUGAUUGGUGGACAACAGCCAGCCAGCAGUUCCGACCCUGCCACUGUUUGCACGUAUAGUCUAGAAUGGGCCGCCAUGUAA